AUGAAUCAACAGUAACAAUAUUAUUAAGAACAAUAUUAGGUUUAACAACCUAGAAUAAAAAAGGCUAAAAGUUUCGAUGAGGAUGAUGAUUUAGAAGUAUCAAAUACUUUAAAUUAGAUAAUUAAACAAGGGUAUGGUAUCCACGAGGCUUUGAGAAUUGAUAUUCUGGAAUUUUAUAAAAGUUGUAGAACUUAAUAAGAAUAUAAGAAUCCAGCUGAUUUUGUUAAGCACAGACUGGAUGGCAAGUACGGACCUUAUUGGUUUGUAUUUAUGUGGGAACAUAAAAAUGGAUUGAAUGCUUAAUACAGUUAUUAUAAUAAUGAUGACAAAGUUUUUGAAUUCAAAGUAAUAACCGUUGAAAUUAUAAGUUAAAUGGUUGGCAUGUCUUGAUUUAUUCAUUCAACCAAACCCAGCAACCUGCCUAAUUUAAACCAUAGCCAAGUGGCCAGACUAUGCCUUAAUACAAUACGUAAAAUGCCUCAUUUACAUUUUCAGAUAGUUUCCACCUCCGCUUUAAGAUCGAAGAUUUGAUGAUUUUUAAGUAGAUCCAAGAUAUCCUUAUUCCUAAAUGCAACAAGGACCACCUCCAUUUAGACAAGGAGGAUGGUAUUACUGA